UAGAUCUAAAAGUAUCCAAACAAACACAAAAGAUAAAACACGCCGAUAAUCUUCUUUCAGCAUGGCAGCGGCAUUUCGAAUAGUGAAAAAAGAAGAUUUGGAGGCAGAAGAACAGAAGGAGCCUAACCACACACUGCGAUGUUUAACUUCAGAAUUUGGUUGCCUGACACGUCAGGAUGGCUCAGUGAGUUUAUCCCAAGGCGACACAACCGCCAUAGCUGUGACCUACGGACCGGCUGAGGUCAGAAUGGUCAGGGAGCUCAUAGACCGGGCAACAGUGGAGCUGAUUUACAAACCCAAGGUGGGGAUGACAAGUCCAGCUGACAGAAAGUACGAAACUGUUUUAAAAAAUGCACUGGACGCCGCUAUAAUGACAAGCCUACACCCUCGAUCGUCUAUCACGGUGAUUAUACAGGAGACAGAAAAUACAGGCUCGUACUUAGCUUGUUGUAUUAACGCAGCAUGUAUGGCGCUGCUCGAUGCGGCAGUCAGUUUAAAAUUCCUGCUGGCCGGCGUCGCCGUGGCGGUGUCGCAGUCCGGGCAGCUUCAGCUGGACCCCACGCUCCAGCAAGAACAGGAGGCCAGGGCUAACUUGACUUUUGUCUUUGAGAGUGUGGAUCUAAAAAUAGUAACAGUCGUGACGACAGGGAAGUUCACCCAUGAGGAGUACAAGCAAGGGCUGGAGUUAUCUCGUCUGGCUGCCGUCAAUGUGUUCACAUUCUUCAGGGAAUCUGUCUCGAGGAAGCUGCUUCAUCUCUGCAAGUGACGGUUUUAAUCUAGAGUGUAGAACUUUGUUUUAUAAAAUAAACUAGACUUGUUAGCCAGAAAAACAACAAAAUUGUUGGCCAAAAUAAAAUAUGUUUAUACUCACUAAUUAAUGUUUGACCCGGCACAUAUUCCUCAAGCAUGUUAUCAAUUAAUAACAGCUUGUUUAUUGUUGUAAAAAAUGAAAUAAAAA